ACACUUGCGUUCCUACUCACGCACCUGCGAGAGAGAAGGGAGACGCAGUGUUCUCCAGUUUGUAUAGUUGCUUAAACGUGUACAAAGAUAAAUGACUUUUUCGAGCAACUCCUACUGUACGCUAUUGCUUGAUUCAACAACCUGGCCCCUCAUUCAAAACGGGACCAACUUUCACAAAUUGCGUGAUAGAAUUUUGGAGAAGAACUACAUUUCGAGGUGGAGUAUAAUAAUUCGAGGCCAACCAGUGACUGGGAGACGUUCGAAUACGGGGGCGUGAUCCACAAAACAUUGUUCCAACUUCAGAAAGCUCCACCCUCCAGCCACUGCGAAGCGUUUAUAUUCCUGUGCAGAGGAGAGGUAGUUAGUGAAGCACUCUAGUUCAGCGCUUCUCGAGGGAAGAAUCUACAACCCAAUUACAAGGAACUUACUUUCCACAACUUAUUUCAUCUCCGCCACUGGAAUUGCACAUUUCGAUUUUUCAAGAACUUUCAAAUCGCUCUAAAAAAGAAACAGUCGUGGCACGAGCUACAACAGUUGCCUCGUGCGUUGAAGGAUCCUGGUUGGUCCUCCAUGAGAGAUCUACUGCGACAAACAUCCGAGAAAGAGAUGUCUGCAACCAUGUUGUCCGCUUUGUACGACAUCGACAUGCUUUACAAGCAAGAUAAAACCAUGAACAUGAACGCUAUGAAUCACAUCAAUAGCAUGCUGGAUAAUAAAGCGGUGGGGGCUCCAGUGACACCUACACAAAGUUCCAACAGCUUUUCUUUCACGCCGGGAUUUUUCCGUAGAAACUCGACCAGCAACAUGGAAGCAAUGAUCAACAGCAACAAGUACUCCGUCAACUCCUACAGUAAUUUGAAGGAGAACACGAGCAGUAGCACUGCCAUUAUGAACAAGGAGAACAAGUUCCGUGACAGGGCAUACAGCGAGAACAGUGACCGCAGCCUGCAGAUCCUACAGCAGAAGCCGGGCUCUCAGAUCAACUCCACGCGCUACAAGACCGAACUCUGCAGGCCCUUCGAGGAGAACGGAGCAUGCAAAUAUGGAGAGAAGUGCCAGUUUGCUCACGGCUACCACGAGCUGAGAAAUUUGUCUCGCCACCCCAAGUACAAAACCGAGCCCUGUCGCACUUUCCACACUAUUGGCUUCUGCCCCUACGGUCCCCGCUGUCAUUUUAUCCACAAUGCUGAUGAGCGCAGACCUGCUCCAAUCAACGCCAACAUGCAGGGGGAACCCAAGUCGGGUCGGGAGCUCUGUGGCUAUGGUCAAAGGGAUGUUGUUCCGCAGCAAGGUGGGCACAACCGGGACAGACCAAAGCUUCACCACAGCCAGAGUUUUUCUGGCUUUUCCAGCCACCAUGGACUUGAGUCGCCACUGCUCGAGAGCCCCACAUCGCGCACCCCACCACCCCCCUCUUCUUGCUCUCCCAACUAUUAUGAGGACAUGCUGUCUCCCAACUCCAUGUCUUGUGUGAACAGUGCAUUCAAUUUCCCUGGGCAGGACCUGAAAGCCUUACUUGCUCCCCUUGCCAUGCAUACUCAGAACGGCUAUGCCAACAACCAGUUCAACACCUACUACGGAAACAUUCAAGCUAACGUGUGCCCCCCUUCUCCCCCUUCAUACAACAUGAGCCACUUGCAGUCCCUGCGCCGCCUCAACGAGUCGCCGGUGUUCGACUCCCCUCCCAGCCCGCCCGACUCCCUCUCAGACCUGGAGAGCUAUGCGAGCGGGUCCCUCAGCUCUUCUGGGAGUCUCAGCGGCUCCGAGUCCCCAAGUUUGGAUGCUGGGAAACGUCUGCCAAUCUUCAGCAGGCUGUCGAUUUCAGAUGACUAAACAUCCUAUCAUGUUAUUUUCAAUGGCUGAAAAUGAUCCUUGACAUGGCAUUAGUUGUUCCUUUUUGUAAUGGUAUAGCUGUAUAAAAGUAGAUAUCAACAGAAGGCAUUCCAUCAGCGACUUAUUUGAGCUGCAAUUAAUGGCAGUAUUUUUGGUCUAUCGGGCAAGCCACGCUUCCCUGGGAUAGAUGUGUACAAAACUUGACACUGUAAAGUGGUUUCAGAUUUCCUCCAUCCUGCCAAGAAUAUGCCUUGACACAAUGUAACGUCUAUUUUUCAAAGUAUGUGUUCCUUUAUGAACGUUUAAACUUCCAUUCCAGGACUUUAAUCUGUUUCACAGCACCACAACAGUGGGUUGUUGCUUAGUUUGAGAAGCACUCACGUUCGGUUUGUUUGGGGAAAUCACUGAUGGUUGAAUCAUUUUUUUUAGCUGUUUUGAGUGAUUUACAUAGCAGUGUGUAACUGGCUAUGAACUAUUUAACUUAUUUAUUAUCUUGUGAAAAGUAUAGGCUAUACAUCAUUGGUAAUUUGUGUCCAUACUGUAUUUAUCAAGUAUGAUGAAGCAAUAGAUCUAUAUUCUUUUAUGUUUAAAUUAUGAUGGCCAUUAUUAAUCUGCAUAAAGUGGAGUGUGUUCUUUUCACAGUAAUAUAUAUUUUGUUUUUGGUUUCCAUUUUGUAACUUCACUUAUUUUUAUUGUAAAUGAGUAAAAAAGAUCUUAAUUUAAGAGGACAUGUGAUAUUUAUUUCAUUAAUUUUGUUUACGUUUAUUAAAACAAGUUUGCGUGAUUGCUGUUUGUUCAGAGUUUGCUUGUAAGAGCUGUGGAAGCUGUUUUGAGUCCCUAUCUAGAUGUUUCUGUAGAAUGUAUAAAUGAUGUGGUUUUGCAGACCGUCCAAACCUGAGCUAGCCUUAAGUUUUUUUUUUUGUUUUUUUUUAUUUUUUAUAUAUAGAUCAGACUUCAGUGACAAAGAACCCAAGUAAAUAAAUUAACCAAAAAAGUAUUUGUUUUCUUCUGUUUGUACGAGGUCACACUGAUUCCAGCCACGUGCUAAAGAAUGUAGCAAUCCCUUGUGCCCCAGUAUUAUUGUGUAGUGCCUACGGAGUUCACCAUCUUUACAUGCCUUAACAUUAACCAAAUAAAGUAUUUUUCCUACAUGUAUCUUUUACACAAGUUGAAUUGAAUGUAGUGCUGGAGCUGAAUGACUUUUGCAGGUGGUUACCACUUUUCUAAGACACCUUGGGAAGACUAUACCUUAUUUUUUUUUUUGUUGAAAUUCCCUGUUUCUCUACACUUAUUUAGAUUGUUUGACUAGUCAAUCUCAAAGGAAGAGAGAAAAAAAAAAAAAAAGCAGUCUUCAGAAUUUUCUGGAUGGGGAAGUGAUUGAACGUUUGUACAUAGUAAGUACAGGGGUUGCACACUGUGCCUGUUGACUACUUUAUCAGAAGUAAAGCUUUUUGAAUGUAAUUUAAAAACGGACAAAAAGACAGUUGUAGUAAUUUUUGGGGGCGGGGAUAGUCGGUUCACUACAAAUUGAGUGUAAGACUUUGUACUGUACAUUUUUUUUUUUUUGGUAGUUCUCCCAAUAAAAUCAUUUUGGAAAAAUA